UCUUCAUGUGCGUGUAGAUGUAGGCCAACCAAGAUCAUCACCAUUAAUGCUCCUCGAAUCUCAACUGCCCUCUUCUUCUUUCUCUUUUCCUCUCUUUAAUAUUUGCUAAUUUUGCAAUAUAAAUAGACAUUAUACAGAGAAGAGAGAGGUCGUUAAUGGAAAAGGGCCUUCUCGUUAAAGGAGGAAAGAGAGACACCAGACCGCUUCUCCUCAAGCUGGGCUUUGCUCUGGCUCUCUCCCUUGGUGGGUAUUUUGCUUCUCGGUUUCGCUCUAAGCCCAGACUCCCUCCUCCUAAACCCAAAUCAUCUUCAGGUAGUUCUGGGUCAGAGGAAUCAACUGCAAAAUCCUCAGCCAUGGCUGCCAGUGGACUCAAAGAUGAGCUCCACAUAUUAACAAGUGAGGAAACUUUGUCCAAAAUCAUCAAUGGAACAUCCAACAUCACUCCCAAUUUUACUUCAGUUACGGAUGGUGAUGAGGAGGGAUUUUUGAUGCCAGAUUAUAACAAGGUUGUGAUGAAUGGAUUUCAGGAAAACCCAGAUAGAAAUACUGUAGAACCAAUGGAGAAAUAUUCAGAGCUUGAAGAGAGAUUAGAAAUGGAGAAAGAGAUUGCCUAUCUUAGGAACUUGGUUGAGGCACUGAAAGAAAGGGAGAGAAACCUUGAGAUCCAAUUGAUUGAAUACUAUGGAUUGAAAGAGCAAGAGGCUUCUUUGAGAGAGCUCGAGAAUCGAUUGAAGGUGAACGCAAUGGAGUCGAAGCUCUUGAAUUUGAAAAUUGAGUCUCUGCAAGCUGAUAAUCAAAAGCUACAAGCUCAGGCAUCGGAGUACCCAAAAGUAGUAUCUGAACUUGAGUCCGCAAGAAAUGAGAUUAAACUAUUGAAGAAGAGGUUGAAAUUUGAUGGAGAACAAGCUAGGGAGAAGUUAGCUGCUCUUCAUCAGAGGAUCACUGAGAUGUUAGAUAGAGAGCGCAAGCAUGGGGAACAUGAUAUUGAGGUGGAGAAGAAGUUGAAGAGGUUGAAGGAGCUGGAGGACGAAGUGGUGACUCUCAGAAAUGUAAAUUCUAGUCUAGUAGAAGAAAAUUUGAAGUUUGCUCAGCUAUUAGAGUCUACAAAGAUUGAAGCCUCUUCCAAUUCUCAUCGCAACGAGGAGAGAGCAUUGGAGGAAGCCGGUCACUUGAGAGAAGAGAACGAGGAGCUGAAGAAGGAACUCGAGCAGCUUCAGAUAGAUCGCUGUGCAGAUGUAGAAGAAUUAGUAUACCUCAGAUGGGUCAAUGCUUGCCUCCGUUAUGAGUUAAGAAAUUAUCAACCACCUCAAGGGAAAACAGUAGCAAGGGAUCUAAGUAAAUGCUUGAGUCCCGAAUCAGAAAAGAAAGCCAAACAACUCAUACUAGAGUAUGGUAGCAGUGAGAAAAACAUUAGUCUCUUUGAUUUUGACACUGAAUCUUGCUCUUCUUCACAAACAUCGAGUGAAGAAUGCAGUGAUGCUUCAAUUGCUUCGACAAAGAAUAGCCGUUCAGGGAAAUCAAAGCUUGUUAGCAAGCUUAAAAAGCUUGUACUGGGGACUGACAACAAUAGAAACAAAGUCAAUUCAAUAGAUGGAAAUUCUAUGAGAAGGGCAUCUGUAUCUCCUUGCUCCUUUGAAGACACGAAUACAAGAAGAAAUUCAUUUGAGAGUGUCUCUUCGAGCACCACUGUCGAAAAUGCUUUGAGGAUUGAACAAAACCCUAACGCCCAACCACCAAGAUAUCCUAGGUCAUCUUUGGAUGUGCAAAGAACGAGGAACAUUGAGUUAGAAGUUGAUGAGAAUUUGGCUCAACGAUGCAGGAGUGAUCUUGGGACUUCUCGUGGGCAUAUGAGAAUGAUCUCUGAGGAUUGUUUGAGUGAUUUUAGUCACAAUCUUGAUCAUGAACAUGGUAAUGCCCCUGAGAAGGUCAAGCUGAAGAAAUUUGCCGAUGUUUUGAAGGGUUCAAAGCCCUUCAAGUCAAAGAGGAGAUUGGCAUCUUUCAGUUAAAAGGAUACAGGCAUCACUUAAUUCUGAUGAAUGUGUUGGCUGUAUAUUUCAUGCCAGCAUUCAACAGGUGACUAUAUUGGUAUUGGUAUUAGUUUAGGCAGCAGCUGAAUUGAAAUGAAGUAUAGAGGACCUGUGACACUUCACUAUACAAUCUAUGUUGCAGACAAAUAAAUUAAUGGAUGGCUUUGCUAGGGGCUGUGUGAUGUUGAAAAGCUUGCUUGUGUAGUAAGUUAAAUUGUUUAGAUAUACAACCUAAGAACAAUUUGUUCUUAUGCUGGAUACGCAUCAAAGCAUCGUUUACAUUACAUAAUAAUAUGGCAAGGGUUCUCAAUUUAUGAGGUGAAAGUUAUCGUUA